GAGUAGUAGUCCUCUAGGCCCGGAGGGAGAAUGGCGUCGGGCGGGAGAGGCGCGCUGAGAAAACUACAUGCAGGAGGCGGGGUCCAGGGUGCGGGAUCUACGCGGCUCGCGGUGGCGAAGGCGGCUUUAGUGGCAGCAUGAAGCGCACCCAGACCGCGGAGGAGCGAGAGCGCGAAGCUAAGAAAUUGAGGCUUCUUGAAGAGCUUGAAGACACUUGGCUUCCUUAUCUGACCCCCAAAGAUGAUGAAUUCUAUCAGCAGUGGCAGCUGAAAUAUCCUAAACUAAUUCUCCGAGAAGCCGGCAGCAUAUCUGAGGAGCUCCAUAAAGAGGUUCAAGAAGCCUUUCUUACACUGCACAAGCAUGGCUGCUUAUUUCGGGACCUGGUUAGGAUCCAAGGCAAAGAUGUACUCACUCCGGUAUCUCGCAUCCUCAUUGGUGAUCCAGGCUGCACAUACAAGUACCUGAACACCAGGCUCUUUACGGUACCCUGGCCGGUGAAGGGUUCUAACAUCAAAUACACUGAAGCUGAAAUAGCUGCUGCUUGUCAAACCUUCCUAAAGCUCAAUGAUUACCUGCAGGUAGAAACCAUCCAGGCUUUGGAAGAACUCGCUUCCAAAGAGAAGGCUAAUGAGGAUGCUGUGCCAGUGUGUAUGUCUGCAGAUUUCCCCAGGGUUGGCAUGGGGUCAUCCUAUGAUGGACAAGAUGAAGUGGACAUUAAGAGCAGAGCAGCAUACAACGUAACUUUGCUGAAUUUCAUGGAUCCUCAGAAAAUGCCAUACCUAAAAGAGGAACCUUAUUUUGGCAUGGGAAAAAUGGCAGUGAGCUGGCAUCAUGAUGAAAAUCUGGUGGAAAGGUCUGCGGUGGCGGUGUACAAUUAUAGCUGUGACGAAGACUCUGAAGAAGAAAGUGAGGAUGAUUCUCAUCUUGAAGGCAGAGAUCCUGAUAUUUGGCAUGUUGGUUUUAAGAUCUCGUGGGACAUAGAGACACCUGGUUUGGCAAUACCCCUUCACCAAGGAGACUGCUAUUUUAUGCUCGAUGAUCUCAAUGCCACCCACCAACACUGUGUUUUGGCUGGUUCGCAACCUCGUUUUAGUUCCACCCAUCGAGUGGCAGAGUGCUCCACAGGAACCUUGGACUAUAUCUCACAGCGCUGCCAGUUGGCUCUGCAGAAUGUCCGUGACGAUGUAGACAAUGGUGACAUCUCUUUGAAAACCUUCGAGCCUGCAGUUCUGAAACAAGGAGAAGAAAUUCACAAUGAGGUCGAAUUUGAGUGGCUGAGACAGUUUUGGUUUCAAGGCAAUAGAUACAGAAAGUGCACUGAUUGGUGGUGUCAACCCAUGACGCACCUGGAGGGACUGUGGAAGAAGAUGGAAGGUGUGACAAAUGCCGUGCUUCACGAGGUUAAAAGAGAGGGGCUCCCUGUGGAACAAAGGAAUGAAAUCUUGACUGCCAUCCUUGCUUUGCUCACCACACGCCAGAACCUGCGGAGGGAAUGGCACGCCAGGUGCCAGUCCCGAAUUGCUCGAACUUUACCUGGGGACCAGAAACCAGAAUGUCGGCCAUAUUGGGAAAAAGAUGAUCCUUCAAUGCCUCUGCCAUUUGAUCUUACAGACAUCGUUUCAGAACUCAGAGGUCUGCUUCUGGAAGCAAAACCCUAGAAGGAGCACAAGUCUUAGGUGGAGGAGAAAAAGAUCUUGUUGGCUUUCUCCCACAACCUUGUCAUGGGCUUUGGCAAUGGCAAUGUAGAAUCUUUUGGCCCUUAGAAUGUAGAACCUGAGUCCCAGCUCGAACCAGCCAGAGAAUGGAAACCACAAGUGUUAAAAUGCUGAAAAACCACAGUGUUUGAGUCUGAUUUGGUAAUUACACAAGAACUUUUCCCCAUAAAA